AUGUCCCCCACUCAUGCAGUCCAAGAGCCGCCCGAGGCCACCACCAAGCGCGUGUGGUACCGCUCGCCGAUGUACGCCAUCGUCAUUGUCGGCAUCUGCAACUUCACCGCGCCGGGGUUGUGGUGGGCGAUGAACUCGAUCGGCGGCGGCGGCCAAGCGAGCCCGGUGAGCCUCAAACCCAAGCCUCUCACCGGCGCGGCUAACCCCACUCAGUUCCUCGUCAACGCGGCCAACGCACUCACAUGCAGCAUCAUGGUACUCACCGCCUUCCUCGGCUCGACGGUGCUCAACCUCGUCGGGGUGAACUGGGCGCUCUUCCUCGGCGGGGUCGGCUUCAGCCCGUAUCUGGCCGGGCUGUACACGAACAACAAGUACGGAACCGGCUGGCUGGUGCUCUUCGGCGCCGCGACGUGCGGUAUUUCUGCGGGUCUGUUCUGGGCCAUUGAGGCGGCCGUCGCGCUCGCCUACCCCGAGCCGUACCGUAUCGGCCUGUCGCUCGGCAUCUGGAUGUCGUUCCGCGUUGCCGGGCAGAUCGUCGGCGGCGCAAUCAACCUCGGCGUGAACGCCUCCCGCGGCGAAGCGGGCGCCAUCAACCCCAAAGUCUACCUCGUCUUCAUCGCCCUCCAGGCCGCAGGCGCGUUCGUGUCUUUCCUCCUGCCGAAACCGCACACCAUCCAGCGGCGCGACGGGAAAAAGGUCAAGCUGUACAAUGGCCGCACGGCAUGGGACGAGGUCAAGGGCACCGCGCGCGUCUUCUUCACCAAGGAGAUCCUGCUCCUCGUCCCGUUCUUCUUCCAGGGCGUGUUUCCGGACUCGUAUGUCAACACGUACAUGGCGUCGUAUUUCACCGUGCGCGUGCGCGCGCUCGGCUCGUUCGUCGCGGCGUGGGCGAGCGUGCUGCUUGGUAACCUCGUCGGCGGCUUCCUCGACGUCAAGCGCAUACCGCUCAAGACGCGCGCACGCGCAGCCUUCCUCUGGAUCGUGGUCACCGCCGGCGCGUGGUGGACGUGGGUCAUUGUCCUCGAGGCCAACUUCCCCUCCAAGAAGGCCAUCGACUGGACGUCGCCGCUAUUCGGGCGCACGUUCGCGGUGUAUGUGCUCAUCAGCGCCAACUUCCAAGCGUCGUUCGUGUACACCUUCUUCGUGUGCAAGGCUAUCUCCAAGACCCACGAAAACGAAACCCGCAUCGUCGGCCUCCUGCGCUCGGUCCAGUCGGCGUCCUUCGCCGUAGCGUACGGCACCAGCUCAGUCAAGAGCUUCGCGCACCUCGGAUCGGCGUCGCUCAACUUUGCGCUGUGGGGCGUCGCGCUGCUGCCCACUUGGCUGGUCGUGCGCCGUAUCGGCGUCGACCUUAACGGGCCCAAUGACGAGGUGGAGGCGGCGGACGUUGAGGGGGUCGAGGACGCCGAGGCGCAGGUGGUCCAGUUGCCCAAGAGCGGGGCUGUGGUGGCUUCAGAGGACGAGAAGAAGAAGAAUUAG